AUGGCAUAUCCAAUUCCAAGAGACUCAUUUGUACAGCACAACAACAGCAACAGCAAGCAGCAACAGAGCGAACCUCCAGUUGACACUGGUCUCAUCCGAUGUGUCUGUCCAUCCACAGAGGACGACGGCUUUACUAUCCAAUGUGAGCGAUGUCUGGUGUGGCAGCAUGCUUUCUGUGUACACAUCACGCACGCAAACAUCCCAGAUCACUACCUUUGCGACCAAUGUCUGAAGAGAAAGAGGCCCAAAUUAUCAAAGCGAAUCACCAUCUCCAAAAAGAAGUUUCGUAAGCUGGACGCAGCAGAAGAAGAGACACUACCGAAAGACACCAAAAAGAAGCGACCUGUCAAGAGCAGAAUCAUAUCUCGCUAUGUACAUCCCCUGUUUAGAGAGGCAAGGGACCGAUGGAGCUCCAACAACAGAUGGAAACAGCAUUUCCACGACGAAAGCAGCAAUCAGGGCCCCUUACUGUGCGAUCAUGGCCCCUUUGUUACGAUGGAUGCAACAACCAUGUACACCAAAGGCGUAUUGAUGGAUACGCCUGUCUCCAAUCAGGGCCUAUUUGCUGCCAGACCUAUUCCUGCGCUUAGAUAUCUGAUGGAAGUGACAGGCGACAUUCUUCUCAAAUCCGAGUUCAAGUUUGAUCCCAUCAACGAUUUUGUGAUAUUGGGCACACCACUGAGCCACAUCAUGUUCUAUCCCACGCUGGAUCUCUGCAUCGACACUCGCCAAUUCGGUAACAAGGCUCGCUAUAUCCGUCGAUCAUGUCAUCCUAAUGCAGAGCUUAGAAAUGUUGUCCUACCUCAGUCCCGUGAAGACAAGACGAUUCAUUUAGGCUUAUUUGCCCGACAUGCUAUUGAAAAAGGACAGGAGGUUACCAUCAGUUGGAAUUGGCAGAGAGGACACAUCUCAUGGAAAGAAAGCAUGAACUGGCAUCAACAGCACAAGCAAAAGAAUGGCCAACACGAUGCCAAUGAGCACCAGGUGAUUGACGAAGAGGAAGAGAGGCGAAGAAAGUCCACCAUCAAAAACAUGCUGGAUCGCUUUGAAAAGGAGUUUGGUGUCUGUGCAUGUCAGAAUAAGCGAAGAUGCCUGAUUGAACACUUGAAACGUCAAUGCGCACCACCCAAGGAAAAACCAGUGAUCAGAUCGCCGUCAGUCAACUUGAUCUCCAACAAGGGAGGCCGUAGAAAGUCAUCUGUCAUCUUGUUGAAGCCGAAAUCCUUGCCACCACAGCCCGUAAGACUAGAAGAGAAGCGCAUCAAACCCCAUCCUAUUCUAUACACCCCGAAAACUGUAUCAAAAGACACCUCAGACGACGAAUUGCUAGAUGUGGAGGGGGACAUUGAUAUUGGAGAUGAGUUGCCUGCGCCAUUAGAUAAUGCCCCACCCCUGUUGGACGAUCACAGUAGCGACGAAGAAAACGCAGACCUCUCAUCAUUGUCAUCGCUGUCCAGUUUAUCCGUUUUCGAAGAUUCUGCCAAUGACAACUCGGACGAAGAUGAAGGCACACGAGCAAGGCCACGCAAAAAGAAAUCAAGUAGCCGCCAUCACCACCACCAUAAAUCUACCAAACAAUAUACCAUUGCAUCUGCAUCUACUACUAAUAAUACAUUACAACCGCCAAAAAGCACAGAUACACCAACACCUACAGAGAAACCCACGGCACCACUGCCUAGAAAAAAAUUGUGGAUGCGUGAUUAUCUAAGCAAGCACAGCAAUAGCGAUGCGUUGACGAAGCCUGCAGUAAGCACCGAUGCAGAGCCGUCUCAAGAAACAGCGGUAAAAGCGGAUCUAAGCACCAUACACUCAACGUCAGAAAAUAAGGUCAUUGCAGAAUCAGCAACGGAUACAGCUGAUGUCCAAUCAAAUCAAGUGACAGAUGUGGUGGCACACCAAAAGACUGAAAGCAAAGAGCCAAUGCAAGAUGUUGUCAAGGUGGAACUGGAUACUAAACUCACAGCAAUGGACACAGAUGCUGUAAUGACUGGAGCACCACAUGAGAAUGAGCAGACUGGAUCCAUGGUCCAGGAGCAUGAGGAGGACGAGAUCAAUGUCAUGCAAGAUGUCGAUGCCAUCAUGGCGGAUGCAGAGACAGUGGAUGUGACUCAUGUUGAAGAAGCAAAUGUAUUUGAUAUAGACGAUGGCGAACUAAGCGACGCAUCCACCGUUUUGUUGGAUCAAGAGGAACUGGAACAAGUGUACAGAAACAAAAAUAUACCUUCUGCCACGGAUUCAAAAGCACCGGCAAUGACAGAUGAAGAAGCGCCACAUGUAGAGCAAGAUGCUUCCCAGCAAUCAUCUCAGCGUCAUCUGUAG